CGGUGUCCUGGUGGUGGCCAUGAAAGUGAGUGAGAAGGUUGGAGGAGCUGAAGGAACCAAGCUAGACGAUGACUUCAAGGAGAUGGAAAGGAAAGUGGAUGUCACCAGCAGGGCUGUGAUGGAAAUAAUGACUAAAACAAUUGAAUACCUUCAACCCAAUCCAGCUUCCAGAGCUAAGCUCAGCAUGAUCAACACGAUGUCAAAGAUCCGUGGCCAGGAGAAAGGGCCAGGCUACCCUCAAGCAGAGGCGCUGCUCGCAGAGGCCAUGCUCAAGUUUGGAAGGGAGCUUGGCGAUGAUUGCAAUUUCGGCCCAGCACUUGGUGAGGUUGGGGAGGCCAUGAGGGAACUUUCAGAGGUGAAAGACUCUUUGGACAUGGAGGUAAAGCAGAACUUUAUUGACCCUCUUCAGAAUCUUCAUGACAAAGACCUACGGGAAAUUCAGCAUCAUCUAAAGAAGUUGGAGGGUCGACGCCUGGACUUCGAUUAUAAAAAAAAACGACAAGGCAAGAUUCCAGAUGAAGAACUUCGUCAGGCUCUGGAGAAAUUCGAUGAGUCUAAGGAAAUUGCUGAGUCAAGCAUGUUCAAUCUCUUGGAGAUGGAUAUUGAACAGGUGAGCCAACUUUCUGCCCUUGUGCAAGCCCAGCUGGAAUAUCACAAGCAGGCAGUUCAGAUACUGCAGCAAGUCACUGUCAGACUGGAAGAAAGAAUAAGACAAGCUUCAUCUCAGCCUAGAAGGGAGUAUCAGCCUAAACCACGAAUGAGCCUAGAGUUUCCGACUGGAGACAGCACUCAACCCAAUGGCGGUCUCUCCCACACGGGCACUCCCAAGCCUACAGGUGCCCCCAUGGAUCAGCCCUGCUGCCGAGCUCUGUACGACUUUGAACCUGAAAAUGAAGGGGAGUUGGGUUUUAAAGAGGGUGAUAUCAUCACACUCACUAACCAAAUUGAUGAGAACUGGUAUGAGGGAAUGCUUCAUGGCCAGUCAGGCUUCUUCCCCAUCAAUUAUGUAGAGAUUCUGGUUGCCCUGCCCCAUUAGGGUGUUAUGCUGGCUGGCUCAGCCUCCUCUUGGCCCAGAUAGUUAAGUUUAACCACUGCUUUGGUAAUGCUGCUUACAAACACAUCCCAAGUGCAGGCUGCAGUGGUCAAGUCAUCAAGCCCCACCAAGUACCUUUGGUUGACUUAUGCGCUCCCACACCAGUCAUGGUGAUGGUUGGUAUCUUCUUAGUCUGGUGGGCAUGGCAUGUGCUUUUUAAACACCAUCGGAGACCAGGCGGUAGUCACAGAACUGCUGUUUAAACAGUUCUCAGGAGGCAGUGGUUUCUUAGAAUAUGACCAUGAGCCACGUAACAGAAAAACCAUCCUACCGAAGAUAUUGUCUAUCACCUGGGGCCAUCUCCAAGUCUCUGUUCUCCAUGCAAAGAGGAGAAAGUUCUUGCUUUCACAUUGUCCUUUCCCGAUUAUAUGAGUCACUGAACUGUCAGAAAGUCUCCCUCACCAGCAAAUUGUCUUCUGGUUUGAAUGAGUUAGUCUCUUGAUGCUAUCGAUAGGAAAGUGUUACUUGUGAGUUCAAACAUUCUCUGAAAACCAUCCUCCUCCUUCCCCCACCCCUCAUAUAUAUCUAUUUCAAGGUACAGGUAGUUUUCUUUCCUCUUUGCUCUUAAAGCUGGAGUGGAGACUCCCAUUUUUUUCUAAGUAAGACAGCAGUCAGUAUAUGGUGGGAGGGGCUGAGAAGAAGAAAUUCUCCAUUAUGAAAAGUUGGGACAAGAUUUGGUUUCCAAGCUUAAAUUUCUUGCUACACAGAAACCGUGUAUGUAUUUAGGCCAUGUCUGAAGAUGACAAGCAAGGAGGAACAAAUUCCUUCACUUUAGUUUUAUUAAUGAAUUAUAUGUUUCAUGAGUCCAUUUGGCACAGACACAGGGAGAAAAACACCAGUAAUCAUUUUCCCACUAAUUCAUAAACCCAGAAACAGUAAAUGUCUUUCCUUUCCACCUUUACCUUGUGUUCUUUGAGCAUCAUUUGUGCAUAUUCUGCCCUCAAUGAGGACCAAAUAAAGAUGAUUUUUGUGCUUAGCA